UAAUACAUUCCGGCUACUAUCGAUUCACCGGACGCCGUGAUGUACUCCAAAUGGCGCAGCUGGUCUGGGAAGAAGAAGACCCUGGGUAUUGUGAAUCUGACUGAGGAAGACAUUCUCCUAUCCCACAAGUUAUCUGCUUUGACGACGCUUCAUGCACUCUCUUGGAAAGACUUGGCACAAAGCGAAUACAAAGCGAUCUGCUUCGAUCAUGCAAAUAGAUCAAAGGAUAUCAUUUACUUAUCUGCCGACUCAUCAUGGAAGGAGCUAGCGUACACGACAUUCUCCCCCGACGGCAACGUGUAUCUAUCGACUAAUCUAGCUUCUGCCCGCACAUGGGAGCUGGAUCUCACCCGCGCGCAUCGGCCGGAGACCUGGCGUGGAAAAUGUGCUUGGGAAGGAUUGGAACUGUCCAAUACGGCGACCGGCAUGCCGCCAUUCCGAUUCUAUCGCUUCAAGGUCAAUCGCACCCAUCACCGGCUCGUUAUUCUCCCAUACCGUAAUCUCGCAAGUUUUCUGUCCGAUAUUCCAAGCUCCAUGCCCCUAUCCAACCUCGUCCUCCCAGGUACUCACGAUACACUCGCCUUUUACGGCUACCCGGUUUCGCAAUGUCAGUCUCCUACAACACCCUUUGCCGUGCAGCUGCAAUCCGGGGUUCGUGUCUUCGAUCUUCGGUUCUCAAUCAUUGACGGCGCUCUCAUUGCGUAUCACGGCGCAUCGCCCCAGUUCACACCAUAUUUGACAGUUCUCCGCAUACUGACGGACUUCCUACGGUCCGACGCUGGUAGGUCAGAGACGGUGAUUUGCUCUAUCAAACAAGAGGACGGUGCACAGGGGCGGUUCCAGCUCUUUUCGCAUUUAGUCCGGGCCGGAAUUCACAGCCCGGAAGUUCGAGACAUCUGGUUCUUGGAAAACCGCGUGCCCACUCUCGGGGAGGUGCGGGGUAAGGCUAUUUUACUGAGCCGGUUUGGAGAUGACGGAGAAGGAUGGGACAACGGCACAGAGGGCAUGGGCAUACACCCGUACACAUGGCCGAACAGCGAGAAAGACGGUUUCUCCUGGGUUCUCAAGGAUACGGUGGUACGUACACAAGAUUGGUACGCAAUACCUACAUUCCUGUCCAUUCCUGAGAAGUUCGACCGCGCCGUACGCCUACUCGAGCCGCCUUCGAAUCAGCUGGUGGACCGGGAAUUGCCCGGGCCGCCGACUGUUCUUGGAGGGCUAAGCCGUAUAAGCACAACCUCCAGCGAAUCGUCGUCCGCGCCGGAUCCUAAAUAUGGGCCGAGUCCGGAAAAACCCGCACAUGAGCUUCCGCACAACUUGUCCAUUACCUUUUUCUCUGCGGCGACUUUUCCACUGGCUCUUCCGCAAACAGUUGCACUGGGCUUUGGCUGGCCACAGUGGAACCUCGGAGUUGAAGGUGUCAACGCUCGAUUUGGUCGCUGGCUUCUCGAGAAAAUGGCCGGAGACAACGUGUUUCCAAUGAACUCGGGCCAGCCCAGGGCAGGGCAAACGGAUUCAGAGAAGCGACUGAGCGGCUGGACGUUGCUUGACUUUUAUGAAUGGCCCCUUCUGGAGGCAGGGAUUGUUCCCCUCCUGGUUGAGCUGAAUUUUAUUGGUCGGAAAUGGGCGACUGGUGGAGGGCGUAUUUCAUAGUUUCGGCCCAGAGUUUCUCUUUCUUCCAUAGAUGCCAUCAUCGAUAAUAUUAUUAUUCAUGUACGAGUUUUCUUACGGUUCGGUGUGGACUCCAUGUAGGCAUUCCCCCCGUAGCCGCGUCAGGUUGCCAGACGCGGAGUGGUGACCUGAGAAUGUCGACGACGACUAGGUGUUGGACAUAAGAGUCUCUUCCUCCCUCACACUCCCCAACAGCCCUAUCAGAUCUUCAUACCAUCCGCUAUGGCUGAAGUUGCCGUCUGCGUCUUCUGCGCGUCAUCGCUAGGUACCAAGCCCGCUUACCUGGCCGCAGCCUCCUCACUGGGUAAAGCCAUAGCUGCAUCUGGACGGCACCUCAUAUAUGGAGGUGGUAUGAAAGGCUUAAUGGGAGCUACGGCGCAUGCCUGUGUUGAAGCUGGGGGUAAGGUAGUAGGAGUGAUCCCCUACGCCAUGAUGGCACUAGGUGGUGAAGGCUACGGUACGAUCCCCGGCUGGGAUGGAGGCGGGAUGGAGGUGGUUGUUUCGAAAAGCAUGCAUGAGCGUAAACAGAUCAUGGCAUCAAGGGCCAAGGCGGGGUUCAUCGCGCUUCCGGGAGGAUACGGCACGUUUGAGGAAGUUAUGGAAAUGAUCACAUGGACACAGUUGGGUAUUCAUCAGAAGCCGGUCGUCCUCCUCAACAUAUUUGGCUUCUAUUCGCCUCUUAGGCAGAUGAUCCGUGAUGCAGUCGAUUCCGGAUUCAUCCCACCCGACAACAUUGCACUAGCUGUAUUUGUCGACUGCCCACAGGGUACAGAUCCGGGUGAUUAUGAUUGGGGCAAGGCGGGGUUGGAAGCAUUGGAGAAUUGGAAGCAUGUGAAGGGACCGCGAAACUUCGACUGGACGUUGGAGCACAAGGCAGAGACUGUCGGACAGAAUCUUGAAGGUUGAAUGGUAUAUUCCAAGUGUAAUA